AAGUGUGUGUGUAGAGAGUUAACACAGAGACAUAAAGUGAAAAUAAUUAUCGAAACCUUCUGAUGCAUUUGUUGAGAAGAGUAAUUUCCCGAGAGAUAAAUAGAUCAAAAGUAAAUGAUACAAGAAUGGAAUAAAUGCAGAGUCUGGGUUAGACAGAAUUCUUCAUCUUUUUGUCAAUUUCAGUUUUUUUCAAGGGACAAGAAAAUGUCUUCCCCAAACCACACUCUGGUGACAGAAUUCAUUCUCCUGGGACUCACAGACAACCCAGUGUUAGAGAAGACCCUGUUUGGGGUGUUUCUGGUGAUCUACCUAAUCACGCUGGCAGGGAACCUGGGCAUGAUCGUGCUGAUCAGGACCAAUGCCCACCUCCAAACCCCCAUGUACUUCUUCCUCAGCCACCUGUCCUUUGUAGACAUUUGCUAUUCCUCCAACAUCACUCCAAAUAUGCUGUUCAAUUUCCUCUCAGACCAGAAGACCAUCUCUUAUGCUGCAUGCUUCACACAGUGUCUGCUCUUCAUUGCCCUGGUGAUCACUGAGUUUUAUAUCCUUGCUUCAAUGGCGUUGGAUCGCUAUGUGGCCAUUUGCAGCCCUUUACAUUACAGCAUCAGGAUGUCCAAGAGCAUCUGCCUCUCUCUAGUCACAGUCCCUUACUCUUGUGGCUUCCUUAAUGGGCUCUCUCAGGCACUGCUGACUUUCCACUUGUCCUUCUGUGGCUCCCGUGAAAUCAAUCAUUUCUACUGUGCUGACCCUCCUCUCAUGAUGCUGGCCUGCUCUGACACCCGAGUCAAGAAGACGGCAAUGUUUGCAGUUGCUGGUUUUACCCUCUCCAGCUCUCUCCUCAUCAUUCUCCUGUCCUACCUCUUCAUCAUUGCCAGCAUCUUGAGGAUCCGCUCUGCAGAAGGCAGGUGCAAAGCCUUUUCUACUUGUGGUUCCCACCUGACAAUAGUCACUAUAUUUUAUGGAACCCUCUUUUGCAUGUACUUAAGGCCCCCAUCUGAGAAGUCUGUAGAGCAGUCCAAAAUAAUUGCAAUCUUCUAUAGUUUUUUGAGCCCAAUACUGAACCCAUUGAUCUACAGUAUGAGGAACAAGGAUGUGAUCCAAGCCUUGCAGCAGAUGAUUAAGAGAAAUCUUUCGUAAAAUUGCAGUUUAAGGAUAUGCUCAUUUGUAAUGACUAAGUGUCUGUGACAACCUACUGUUUAGAACCUAGAAAUGAGAAACAUUGGAUUCUGCCUGUGAUAGAGUUCCCAGUUUCAAUUUUUGAGGAUCAACAUCAUUUACUGUGGGACAUUCCUUUAACUUAUAACAAACUUCCUUCUGGCUAAGUAAAGAGUUGUGUCUUAUUCUUAGCAACCAGAAUGUUCUCAUAUCAAGAUUUAUAAUCCUCUUUCAAAAUGUGUUUUAAAAUCACUGCAAAGUACUUGUACAU